AUAAGCACCACCUAUCUACUGCCUUACUCAAAUCCUAUUGGCCUACUCUUUGAUUGACGGCGCUGUCGUUCAAUAGGCAUAGAGAACGGCGGGGGAACCGCUACGCAGAUGUGUGUGAGGGAGACAGCGCAGGUUUUAGUGAGAGCAGGAAUAGCUUUUGAGAGGUCGCGAGCUGCUGAAAACACGAAAGAUGUCAUUUGCCAGUGACGAGCUGUACAAUGGAUACUUGCGGCGGAAUAUGCCGUCCAUUGUGACGAGGGUGAAACCGACACAAAUCAUGAUCCAUCUGCCUUGCUUGACUGCUCAUGACAGGGAAAACAUUGAGGCUAAAAGAGAGAGUUAUGGGAACUAUGACAGCAUGGUGGUUCUUCUGGACUGUCUGAAGAGAAGAGGAAACUGGCCGGAGGAGUUCAUCGAAGCGCUUGAGGCGUGUGAGCAUCCAACUUUAGCUGCUGAGAUCAGAGCAGAAUACAACGCUCUGAGAGGCAUCAACAGUAAGUCAUUUAGUCAAGUCCCUACGGUAGUACUGGGAACUAUUGGCUAGAAUUUAAUCUUGGUGUCCUUUUUGACUAGAAAAUAGUGAGCACUACAUCCAACUAAUUGUACUAAAUAUUUUGCUGGUUCUUAAUGAUAAAGUAGUAUGUGAGAUAUUAAAGGAAUCCUUAUUUCCAUUGAUACACCACUGAAGUUUGUUGGAUCACCACACAGUGCGACCACAAUUUCAUUUUAGCGUUGUGUUGAACAGGAUCACGGUGUGAGCCAC